UAUAUUCUCUCUGACUCCAGAAGUGAGCACUGAAGAUCGACUGUGACAAUGGAGACACGCAGGACCCUCAUGAGGAGUUUGGCUGUUGCGGUGGUCAUUGCAUAUGUGAUCUGGACUACAACAGGUCAAAAUCUGGAUAAAUCAUGCUGCACUAAAGUCUCCACAGCCAAGCUGACCGAUCCCAUCCUCAAUAUCACAUUUCAACAUAAAAGUCUUCCAUGUGUGAGGGCCGUCAUCUUUGAGACGGAGCGGGGAGAUUUCUGCAGUGACCCAAGACAACCAUGGGUGAAGGAGAAAGUUAAGCAGUUUUUCAGAUCUCAAAGAAACAAACCCCUGACUUCCACAGCAGCCCCAACAUCAUCUAUUAGUGACCAAACUCAUGUGGGAGGAGCUACACAAGAAAAACUGACAGCUCAACAGUCACAAAUGACUUAAAAUAAGCUAAUAAUAAUAAAUUACUUAGGCCUUUUAAAACUACAAAGUUUAAGAGAUUUUUCUGUAAACUUUUUUGAGAAUUUAAAAAAAUAAUAUGUUGUCAAAUACAUGUAGGACACUUUGACAUUGACAGUUCUUAAUCAGAAACUGGAUUAUAGUAAAACUGUUUUGUAACAAUUGUGGUUUAAAUAU